GUUGUUUCGCCGAAAUAAAAGAAAAGAAAAAAAACGAAAAAAAGCAAGAAUUUUCUCUUGUUCCAAUAAAUAGUGUGUAUGGUGUGUGUGUUAUUUGUUCCAUCCCUUUAACAUCAUCGUCAACAUUUUUCCAUUCAAUUGGCUCAAGCCAGAAAUAUAUACCUACAUCAAAAUUCGUAGAAGAGAACCGAAAAAAGAAGGUUUAAGUUUUUACCAAGAAAAAAAAUUCAAAAUAAUCAGACGGGAAAUAAUUGGUGGGAUCUCAUCUCAGUAUGAAUUCGUAAUAACGAUAACGGAACGUAACCUACGCCAAAAACGCAAAUGUUGAACACCGAAACAUAGGUAAUAAGUGUAGUGUUAAACCACCAAACCAAACAACAACAACAAAAAAUAAUAAUAGAAUUGCUGUGAUAUCAUUAUAAAAAGUCGUCUAAAUAGAGAUUUACACAGAAUUUUGUAUAAAUACGAGAAACAAAAAAAAAAACAUACACACGUACAAGCUGCAUACGACAUCAGAAGGCAUUUGACGAAUAAUAAUAUCCAAGGCGAAUGAAAGCACACGGUGAGCGCACGCCAAGGAAGUCGAGCGAAAAAAAAGGUAGAAAAAGUAAACAGUAAACAACGCACCGGGGCGAAAUAUCAUAGCGCGCAGAAACAGAAAGAAACCACCAGGACAGCUGAACGGGAAGGGAAACAACAGCGAAAUAAUAAACCAUAAUAACACAUUCGCUAAAGCUCAAAGACAAUAAACGCAGCACGAGCAUAGAUUCACGUUAAAAUUUAAAAAGCACCGUCGUCGUCGUCGCCGUCGUCGUUGUUGCUAUCGUCGUUUCUGUUGUCGCUGUUGUUGUUGUUACACAGUCGAGCCGCCCAGCAACUCUCGGAAGAGAGGAAUAAGAGACCAUAAAACACAUCGAACGAAAUGGGCAAGAAAAACUCGAAGCUAAAGCAAGAUACGAUCGACAGAUUGACAACUGAUACCUACUUCACAGAAAAAGAAAUAAGACAAUGGUAUAAGGGAUUUUUAAAAGACUGCCCGAAUGGCUUACUAACAGAGCAAGGUUUCAUAAAAAUUUACAAACAAUUCUUCCCACAAGGUGAUCCAAGCAAGUUUGCGUCAUUGGUAUUUCGAGUUUUCGACGAGAAUAAUGAUGGAUCGAUUGAAUUUGAAGAAUUCAUCCGAGCGUUAUCGGUUACAUCAAGAGGAAAUCUGGAUGAAAAACUGCAUUGGGCAUUCAGACUUUAUGAUGUGGACAAUGAUGGGUUCAUAACACGAGACGAAAUGUAUAAUAUCGUUGACGCAAUUUAUCAGAUGGUGGGCCAGCAACCACAGUCCGAAGAUGAGAAUACACCACAAAAACGUGUCGAUAAGAUUUUCGAUCAAAUGGAUAAGAAUCACGACGACAAAUUGACGCUGGAGGAAUUCCGAGAUGGCAGCAAAGCAGACCCACGAAUCGUACAAGCCUUGAGCUUAGGCGGUGAUUAAUGGUAAAAUGAAACACCACAGCAACAUGAUUAGCGUGGGCUGCCAAGAACCAUCACCAAUUCAAAGACGCAGACGACGACUUGAGCAACAAUAACCACUGAAUAAGACUAACGAACAUUAGAAAAAACUCACACAAAACAACAACAACAACAUGUUUUGUGAAAAUGACGAAUAAGAAAACAAAAACUACAUAAACAUAGCCUUUUUUAGAAAGUAUUAACAAACAAACAAAACGUUUAACGUUUAAUAUUACGCGCACGCUCGCGAUUUUCGUUCAAUUUUCAUGUUAUGUUAGUUUUUAAAUGACAAAAACGAUUAAAUUGUGGACGAGAAUUCAAUGACAGGAGAGUUAAAUUGAUGAUUGAAUAUUGGCAUUGCUAUAUUUUGCGCGACACUCUGGUGUCAAUAAAUCAAAUCAUUCGGAACAUAUUCAAUGAGAGCACAAAAUUAGCACAAUUCGCAAAACGAGCAACAACUGAAAUAAAACAAAGCAAAGAAACAAACAAGAAAAAAGUCACAAAAAUAAACCCUAAAGCAUUCUCUGUUUUGUACACGCAAUAUUUAAGAAAACUUCAACAGACAACAACAAAAAAAUUACACUCCGAAAGCAAACCGAAGACAAAUAAGAAAAAAAAAUGUUUUUAUGUAACAAUAUGCAAUUAGAAUUUAUAUAUUUACAUUAUAUUUACAUUGAAAAGAGUUGACAAGAAAAAACAAGUUAUUGAUUAAUAUUUACGAGAUGAAAUGAGAAAAAAACGAUGAAUUAGUAUUUGCUCAGUCAAUUGAAAUGGAAGAGGAAGAAGCAGAGACGUGACCGCAGAGAGGACGGCUCGUUAUUUUAUUUAUUUUAACUGAAAUGAUUAUUAUCGAAUGAAUGAAAGAAGAAAGGAGAAACAAAGGAAAACACACAGUUUUUUUUUGUUGGUUGUUAACCGUUUGAUUGUUAUUUUGUAGAUGCCAGUAUAGUUAUCAGAUUGUAUUUUGUUGCCACGCCAGGCACAUUGAAAAUCGCACCAUUGUUAAAGACAAAUUGAAAUGGCGAGGCACGUUUUGUUCAAAUUUUCCAAAUAAAAGAGAAAAACACAUACUUACACACACUUGUGAAAUUGUUAACAAAUACCUAUCCUAACACGCAUUUUGUGUGCGGAAAUAUGCAACAACAAAAAAGCUGUAAUACCACAGUCUAAUCGACACAAACAAACACAAUUUUUUUUUGCUCAAUGUUUAAACCAAAAAGAAGAAAGAAAAAAAACCGAAAAAAAAGAUUCAAGAAACAAAAUUCUUCCUGCUUAAAAUGACCUUUUAAACAUUUCAUGCUAUCACCAAACAAAAUAACACAUAUAUUUUGAAAUUAGUACUAAAUUUAUAGCUUACGCGUAGAGAUUUAUUCACUUCUUUGAUUCGAACAAUGAGACAUUAUGUGCACUUUUAUGGUUAAAAGGACACGCAUAUUUGCAUUUAGAUGAAAUUUGAAUGGUUGGUCGAUUGGACUUUAGAAAAAACCGAUGGUUAUUUGAUGUUGUUGAACCCGAGCAGAAAGCUCUUAACUCACGGAAAAUCCGCAUCAUCCUCACUGGAAUCAAAUGAUCAAUUCAACUGUGAGAAAAAAGAAGAAUAAGCUGAAAUGUAAACGACGCAAACAAAAUAGUAUGAAAUCAAUCAUUCCACUUUAUCACAGUUUCGUUGUGACACAGAGAGUACAAAUGUGUUUUUUUUUAUUUCUUCAAAAUCAGAAACGGUUGUGCGUUUUUUUAAAGUCCCAUCGUUUUGCCAUGUAAGAAAUACAAAGCAAUACUAUUUUCAAUUCAUUUUAGCUAGUAAUUGUAGUGGUUUUAUGUAAAUAUCACAUUUAUUGAAUAGAAAACACUGAAGGUUGAACAUUUGAUAGAAAACACUUUUCAAACAACAUCAAUUCUAAUAAUAAAAUAUUGAACAUUCACUCGUCUCCAUGGACUAAGAAUAUCGUUAGAUUUUCACAUAAACAAAAAUCAAACAUUCUCAUCCAUUUUUGUCACUUUGAUUAUCCGCUUGAUUCGAUACACUUUUUGCUCAAGUAUUUGAUAUCGCAUCUUAGCUUUGCUAUUUUGCCUUUUUCGGAACGAUAAUGUCGCUAAAAGGGUUUAUUUUUAGCAUUCACAUCACGCCGACGUAGAUUGAAAUUUCUUACUUCUUAUGCUAUUAUAUCCACACCAUUUUUGAGCCUGAAUUUCGUGACUGUCGUGUGCUCAAGAGUUAAAUUACUCGUUUCCAUUCCCAUUUAUACUUCAGAAGACAUGAAACUUAAAUUUUAAUUAUGGAUGUUUUUCACUCAUCCAUAAGUUCAUUUACAUACUCUACUGACGAGGGAAAAAUUGUCUACAAUGAUACAUUUUACAUGGCUACAACGUGUGUAUCUGUCGACAUGUCUGUUAGUUUCUCACUCGUGGACAUGAUGUUGCCAUGAAUGAAAACUUGAGCACGGAUACGGCACUGGAUGUAUUUUUGAAAAUUGAACUUUUUUUUGGGGAAAUCAAUUACAUUCGUUUUGUUUUCAUAUUGAUCAAUAACCAAAAAUUCGAAAGUUCACUUUAAAAAUCAAAUACUACCAGUGCAAGUAUGUGUUGGCAUAAAACACACAGACAAUUUUCAUUUCCAACAAUUCUCGAACAUGCAUAGCUACACAUACAAAAGAAAUUUAUGACAAAUCACUAAAAAAGUGUCAUCGCAAACCGAUAUUGUGCUGUACUUCAAUAUUUUUAGCUUGCUGUUCGAAAGAAGUGUGCUAUAUGGUGUGCGGCCGAGCCUUUUCGGUGCCGCAAACGAAACACCCAUCGCUUAGCAAGCCACAUUUAUACAUUAAACUUUGAAAAUAUAUAUUAAACUUAUGAACAACAAAUAAAAAAAAACAAAUCUUAAAUUUUACUUAAAACAAAUAAAAUUCAAAUCGCCUAAAUUCUUACUAUAAAACUUUAAACAAAUAAAUAAAACAACAAAAACUUAUUAUAAACAAAUUAAAUUAUUAAACAUGCAACAUAUAUGUCAUAUGUUGCGUCUAUGCAAAUUGAGUCAUUGCAUUCUAUUAUGCAUACACACCUAGAACAACAACAAAAAGGCUACUAACUACAUUUAGUUUUUAUUAAUGCUCUUGUGCAAUUCUUAAACAACACUAACAUUUUUUGAUAAAAUUAGCGACGUUUAACAAAACAUGAAAAGAAGUACAAUCAAAACAAAAAGCAAAGCAUUUAUUUUUAAGAUGAACAAAGAGAAACAAACACAUACACACACAUAAUAUGAAUUACAUUUACGUUUCGAUUCACUCUGCAUUUGUGGAUAUUUGCUUUUGAACUAACAAACCAAAUAAAGAUUAAUAAGAAUCAGCUCUUUGAAUUUCGUUACGCAACGUUUGUUUCCGUUUCAAAAGAAGGGACGACAAAGAAAGUUAAAUUGUGAUAAAUUCCGAGAAAAGAACAUCAAGCUAUCUCUCAAAUACCUCUGCAAACGAACAACACUCACAAACAGCAUCAUUGAGAGGGCUUUUCUUCAAAUGAGGGAGAAUUGCCACUUCUUCAGUAGGAUUAUUGUGGUUAGCAUUUGCUGACAAUGAAACUGACAUUUAUGACGGUGCUUUCUUCUCGCCGAAUCUGUUGACUAAUUAGUUUUCGUCAAAACCAAAAUCGCACCAUCCCAUUGGAUUUUAAAAUGAUUAACUUUCUAUGAUUGAUGAACAAAAUAGCGACAAAAAUAGACGCGAAUACAGAAAACAAAGAAAACAUUGAGAGAAAAAAAUGAACAAAAAAUAUUAUUAGAUGAGUUACUUAAGAGACGGUAUAUUUUAUAAAAUAUUCUAAAAAGCCUUCAAAAUUGUAGCGAACAAAUGCAAACAAACAAACACAAAUCGCGCGCGCAAUCUUUAUUUUACUUCGCAUUGAAUUCGAAUAGCUAGGCGACUUCUAAACCGGUGGAGCCAGUUUCGAAUUCCAAAGCAGUUUCAAGGGAAAACCAUUUCCUACUCCACGAAACACAAGAAAAAAAAAUGUGAGAUGAAAAGCCAGUGGCUUAAUUCGAUGUGAAGGUAAAAAAGAAAAUAUGAUAAAGAAGAGAAAAAACACCAUAACGGUAUCUGGUUGCCUUUUGAUUUUACAUUAUGUGGGCCAAGAUUUGUUGAAUUAAACCAUGAGAUUAUGUGUUGUGUUUUUUUUUGUUUCCAUUUGAAAUCACGGUGAUUCACCGAUCUUCUUCCCUCCCAAAAGGAAUGAAAGCAAUCCUAGAUUAAGAAAUGAUGUUCAUUAAAUGGGCGGUUUCCGUUCUGAACGUGUCCUUUUUUUUUGUUAUCGCGUCCAAGUCUUUCGUUUAUGCACGUGAAUUAAUUCACUUGAUAACGAUUCUUUUAAUUUUGAAUAAUUGAAAGGAAAAAGCAACAAAAAGUCGCCUCGGAUAAUUUCAUGUUCCGCCCAUAGACGCUCUUUUUCUCUCUAUUCGGUUGUUCUAUUGCUCUUUUUCUUAAAGAAAUUCCAAGUGAUUACAAUAUGGAUUCAUUAAAUAUUUAUCGGGAUCUUCUUCAAUUUCGAUUAUAUAAGGCCGACCUAUGCAUUAUUAUCUAGACACUGUAAGGAAACAAACACGAAUGAUAUAUGAUCUGUAUGGGGGGUUGUAUACAAAGUUAUAAACAUAUUGCUUGUAAAAGUUGACAGAUAACCAAAGACCGAUAGGCCAUCAUGAAAUAUGUCACAGAAAAAAAAACACACACACGUUAUUAUAUUCAUAUACAAAAAUAUCUAUAUCAUUGUGAGUGAGAGAAACAUUCAAGCUUCAUAAAUGUUUUAUACAGAGAAAAAUCAACUUGAACAUUUCGAAACAAUAACAAACACACGAGAAAAACACUUCACAUAGAACAGAAAAGUAAAAGAACAUAUAUAUGAGAAAGUCGAUUGAACGGAAUAAAAAAAACUCGCUUCUCUUUGAACACAUGUUCACAUCCAUUGGUUUUACGCACUUUGGCCGUGUGACCAACUGACAACAUAUUUUUCGGCAUUUCGGCAACAACUAAUUAAAAGCGAAACAUUGUUACGAUAUAUGUAUGUUGUUUACGAUGACAUACACAAUACACACUCAUACAUAUAUACAUACAGCAUACACAACUCACACUCACAGUAAAAUAGUUACGCAAAAAAAAAUUGAGAGAAGAAAAAGGAGGAAAAAAUAAUAAAAACCAAAAGUUAUUACAAGAAUAUUAAUAAAAUAAAA